UCCUGUGCUCAUUCCUUCCGGCAGAGAACGGAGGAGGGAAAAGCAAGCUGCUCUUGGGCAAGAGCCCUUUUCACUUUUCUUCAGACUCCUCUCUUGUGCCCUUUGCUGUUUGACUGACAUGGAGAAGCUUGUGCACUUCAUCUUCUUGGUCUUCUUGUCAGCACCCUGUGCUGCAGAGAACGUCACUGUGGUGUACGGAGUGGAAGGGGGCACCAUUUCUGUCAACUGCACCUAUAACCCCUGGCAGCAGCGGUGGAGAGAGAAGAGCUGGUGCAAGCAGAUCGACAAGACCACGUGCCAACAUGUGGUGAGCGCCCGACGCUUCUGGCUGCCAUUCCUAAAGAACAGGAAUGGCACCACCUCCAUCAGUGACAAUGUCCGUGAAGGGGUCCUGACAGUGACCAUGAAGCGACUCAAGAAGCAGGAUGCUGGGUUGUACCAGUGCAGAACUGACUACCUGGGGGAAACAAGCAGUUUAAGGAAGGUGCAAGUAGAAGUGCUGACAGCUGUCCUGGAGACCCAAACGCCGGAGGAGCCUAGUGCUGUGCAGAGCGUCUCCAGCAUCCCUCCUGAAGCCGAUUUCACUGUCUCCUAUAUCAUUGCUGGAUUCCUGGUUAUUAAGUUCGUGGUGGCUGUGCUGAUCUUUAUCAUUGGCAACAGUAGGAAGAACAGAGAAACAGAGCAGAAGAACCAAAGCUUGAAUGAGCAGCUGGUCCUCCCUUUCACUGGCAACCUUGCACAUGAUGGGAUCAGCCCCCCCUGGGAGAGCACGGCUUAGAGUCAAACCAAAGGGAAUCCACAGAGAAAUCAAGCAUUUGCAGUCAAAGCUUUUCCACCUGCCAUAAGAAAAGGAUUGCCUGCUAAACACAGGUAUCGGUGAACCUAUCACUCUAGAGAGGGAAUGCCACUAUCUGCCACCUCUUCUCAUUGGCGCUGACCAACUUCUUCCAACACAAAUGAACUGAAAAGAUGCUGUCGGUAACACACCUAAUGGAAGAGGAUGGCAUCAAGGGCUCAAGGGAAAGGAAGAAUAUGAAGUCUUUCUGUCAAGAGAAUCAGCACAGACUUAUCUAUGUGCAGAGAUGCUUCCCCAGGGAUGGUAAAGGUGAGAGAGCUCUACUCAGUUUGCCCCCAGCUCAUUGCUAGGCCAGAAAACACUUUUCUGCUCUAUACAGAUACUGGCAAACGCUUUGUUAGAAGUAAAACAACAGAUACACCAGUGAACAUAAACAAAAGUUCAGGUAAUACAUCUCAACGACCAUGAGUUGAGUAACUCACAAACACAUCCACAUCAUGUAAAAAUGGAAAGACAUGGAUGUCUCUCAAAUCUCCAAGAAACUUCUCCUGAUUUAUUGAAGACCAGUGUUAAAGAACUAAUAUUUUUUUUCAAGGUGUCCAUGUCUCUACAAAACACUUAAAUACUUCCCCAAAAAGCAUGAACUAGAUGGUUUGUAUUGAAAGCUAAUAUUAUUAUUUGUCUAUAAAUCAGCUUUGUAACAGAUUCUACUCUCUAAAGAUUGAAGCUUUUGACACACUUUUGGCAAGGCAAUGCUCUGCUAUCAUCACUGCCAGUAGCUGCACCACACCACCAAGCAGAGUUAUUUCAGAUACUCAUCCCUGGUAUCAUUUCACCAGGGUCUGAACUGAGACUCAUCAACUUCAUGUCAUCUCAGAGCAAUGCCAGGUGAGAGAUUCUGUCUUUCCAAGGUGUUGAAGACUAGCUCUCAAAAAUUGCCUUGGACGGUAUGGAUCCUUGGUAAACAGGCACUGUGGAAAGCCAUAAGGAACUUGAGAACGUAACAGAAAGGGAUAUGGAGCCUACAUGCAGCUCUAAACCCACUUCCUCAUUUCUCAAUUGUGAACAAAGGAUGAACUGCCUCUGUAUUUCUCCCUGUAUUUUUGAUACCCUCCCAAGGGGAUGCUACCAACAUGUGAUCAUUGUUCAUCACUCCCCAAAGUGAAGCUGAAUUUAGCUCUCCCAGAAGAGCCCAAACCCAAGGACAUUCGCACUUCCCUGCACUGCCUGCAAAGCUAAAUAAAAUCCAACUGGUUAUCUGACUUAGUGUGCAUUCAUAAUAAAGAGCUGCAGUACACCAGAU